UAGCUCCACCACUUUGCUACUUGCUCGGUGCGGCUGGGCCCAAUUCGUCCCAUUCCGGCUUGCGUCCGACGCAGCUCGGCUCCCCUGGGCCUGCCCGGCUCCUCGCUCCCGUUCCUGCGAGGCCCACCUGUCCACCUGCCAGCCCCCUCACCGACCCGGCGCUGAGUUUGGUUGCACGCGGGGAGCUCCGUACGAAGUGACCGACCCCACAAGGGGGCUCCCCUGGUUUCACGUCAUCGCGGAGGCCGUGGGGGCUGAGAGGUGAACCUGGGUUCCAGAGUAUCCCGGACUUGACUUCGCGUCCAGGCCCCACCGCACCCAACGGGAUGACCCCGGGGCAGCCCUUGCAUCUUCCCGAGUCUCGGUCUCUCCACUUGCAAAGUGAAGCUGCUGGUUAUACGGCUGCCUCCGGGGAGGGUGUGAGGAUUAGCGAGCCAGUCAACACGUUUUGAGCGCCCUGUGCGUGCCAGGCAGUGUGGACGGACGCAAAGGAGAGCAAGACUGCGAGAGCACCGGCCUUGCCCACGGAGCAUACACAGGAUGAGAUGAGCACCUGUUUGCAAAAGACCUGGCUCUCUGCUUUUCGCUAGCUGUGUGGCUUCGAGCCUCUCUGAGCCCAUUUUCCCUCGAUAUGAGUUUGGAGUGCCGGUGACGGGCCAGGUGCAGUGUUUGCUAGCUGCUGUGUGUACAGCGAUGAAGGGAAUGGACAAGGCCUGUCCCCACGUGGCCUAUUUAGAAGUGGCUUCUCCUCGGUGGUGGCUCUGGGCGCGAGCAUCAUCUGUAACAAGAUCCCAGGCCUGGCGCCCAGACAGCGGGCGAUCUGCCAGAGCCGGCCGGACGCCAUCAUUGUCAUAGGAGAAGGCUCGCAAAUGGGCCUCGACGAGUGUCAGUUUCAGUUCCGCAAUGGCCGCUGGAACUGCUCGGCGCUGGGGGAGCGGACCGUCUUCGGGAAGGAGCUCAAAGUGGGGAGCCGGGAGGCAGCCUUCACUUACGCCAUCAUCGCUGCCGGCGUGGCCCAUGCCAUCACAGCCGCCUGCACCCAGGGCAAUCUGAGCGACUGUGGCUGCGACAAGGAGAAGCAGGGCCAGUACCACCGGGACGAGGGCUGGAAGUGGGGCGGCUGCUCUGCCGACAUCCGCUACGGCAUCGGCUUUGCCAAGGUCUUUGUGGAUGCCCGGGAGAUUAAACAGAAUGCUCGGACUCUCAUGAACUUACACAAUAACGAGGCAGGCCGAAAGAUCCUGGAGGAGAACAUGAAGCUAGAGUGCAAGUGCCACGGCGUGUCGGGCUCGUGCACCACCAAGACAUGCUGGACGACGCUGCCGCAGUUUCGGGAGCUGGGCUAUGUGCUCAAAGACAAGUACAACGAGGCGGUGCACGUGGAACCCGUGCGCGCCAGCCGCAACAAGCGGCCCACCUUCCUGAAGAUCAAGAAGCCGCUGUCCUACCGCAAGCCCAUGGACACGGACCUGGUGUACAUCGAGAAGUCCCCCAACUACUGCGAGGAGGACCCGGUGACCGGCAGCGUGGGCACCCAGGGCCGCGCCUGCAACAAGACGGCGCCCCAGGCCAGCGGCUGUGACCUCAUGUGCUGCGGCCGCGGCUACAACACCCACCAGUACUCCCGCGUCUGGCAGUGCAACUGCAAGUUCCACUGGUGCUGCUAUGUCAAAUGCAACACGUGCAGCGAGCGUACUGAGGUGUACACGUGCAAGUGAACCCAAGGUCACGCCCCUUCCCGCUGCCCUAGGUGGGUCGUGACCUCUGGCUGCAAGUUAGACCGCAGGGAGGACUGGACAGUCCCGCGAGCUGGAACCCCCCCUGGCAAGACACUUCCAAGACCUUCAUGGGGAAUUACAGGAAUGCUGAGCUUGUCUUAUCUGCUGUAGAGGGCACCUCACCUGGGUUUCCCCCAGGCACCUUUGGGAGAAACCUCUCCAGAGCCCUCAACUAUUCCAUUCCACACCCAAUGCUGCUCCACCUUUCCCCAGAAACUGCCCACACCCCUCCUCCAGCUCUGCAGGGGGAACUCGGGACCUUUGGGCCUCAAAAUAGCAAUAUUUAACAAUUUAUUCUGAUAAAAAUAAUAUUAAUUUAUUUAAUUAAAAAGAAUUCUUCCACCUCGUCGGGAUCCGUUUUCUGCAAUCAAAGAGGACUGCUUGCUUUCCUGGUGGGAUGAAUUUUGUUGCUAAGACAAGGAGCCAAGUGGAACUGUACAUAAUCAUUCUUGACGCAGAUAUUUCUUGUAGUUGAUUUUGCAAGUACCUUUUGCAGCAAUAGAUGUUUAAGUCCAAAAGCAAGCAGCCUUUAUACAUACACAGACAUACACACACAUUUAUAUUUUUGUUUUUGCUGUUUGCUGCUACUUAUCCAGAAAUUUAAGCCAGUCCAGAUUCAGAGUCCUUUUCUGGAAUACGUUUCCCACCCUUUAGCCCUCCCCAGUUCAGACUCACCAUUAGAAAAAUCCGGGUUGGAGUACAGAGAGGGAGGAUCAGAAUAAAACUCCCAGCAGUUUCCAUCUUUGGGAAAGUGAGCCACUGGAUAAGAGAGAAUAUUUUGUAAGAGGCUAUUUUUAUAUGAAUAUUUUAUUUAUAUCAAAUCUGCCUGAUUCCUUCCGUGGCCUGUGCUGCUUCUUAAUUCUGGUACCCGCUUUGGGGUAAGGAGGGGCAAGGCCUGGGUGUGGGGGGCAGGCCCACGGGGACCCCCCUCCUUGAAUCUCACACAACGGGGGCCUCGAGUUAGGAUUUGCCAAGUGGGAGAAAGCAGCCCUUGGAAGCCUGGGGGUCCGGCCUCACUGGUUUUAACAGGGAAAGAAAUCAAGUCCCGACCUCAGCCUGCUGAGUGCAGACAUUUUGCGCAGGUUCGCCAGAUGGUGAGCUGGAGUGAAGACUGUGGCAAGUGGGCCCGUUGUCACUGGCAGAGGCCAGCUCGGGGAACACCAGUCCUCAGCGGGACAGCCCAGGAGGGGAGGUGCAGUCCUCGGAUGCAGCGCAGAAGGCCAGGUAGGGUGAGAGGGGGCCAGGCAGGGAGGGGUGGCAGUGGCCUGGAGACCACAUGCCCCUCUGCUUUGGGUCCAUUACCCCCCUGGGCCUCUCAGCCUGGAAAGCUCUCCUCUGGGCAGGGACAGGAGCGUGGGUGUUCUCACGCGUGUCUGUUUGCAUUUCUGUGUGUGUGUAUCUGUGACCCAGGGAUCCUCUGGGUUAGUCGUGUGCCUGUGCUUCCAAGUGCAUCUGUCUCUGUGUGUGUUUCCCUGGGCUCCUGCGUGGUCCUGGGUGCCUGUGUGUGUUUCUCCUUAUUGCUGUGUGCCUGUGCACCUGCUAGGGGCUCUGGGCUUGCAAGUGAGGGCUUGUGGCAUGCAGCAGAUAGCAGGAACCCUUUGUGAUUAUGUCGAGCCACCCAAGACAUUGCACCUCUGAACUCUGUCCCCACAGCCAGUGGUGAAAUUCGGAUGUCUCUGAGACCAGAGCCCCAUGGCACCCCUGAAUCGGGAGUCCCUCAGAAUCAAGGCCAAGUUUGACUCCCCAGCGUCAGCACUGGGCCUGGUUCACAGCAUGGGCAAAUAA